AUGGCGCUCUCGUGUCGGCUGCUGGCCGCGUGCGGCGCCGCGUUGCUGCUGCUGUCGGCGUCGGUGGACGCCGCGCUCAAUGUGAACAUGAAGCUGGCCUCGUCGCGCGUGGCGCUGACCGCGGACGCGCUGGAGGUGGCCGUCGUGGUGACGCCUAAGCAGCCCAAGCUCAAGCAGCUGACGCUCGAGACGCUCGUGGACACGACGGGCGCCGCCGUGCUCUCCGGCCUGACCCUCAAGGGCGACGGCAGCAAGUUCGUGACCAAGCUGGCGGGCGACAACAAGCUGCAGGCCGGCAUGUACAAGCUCAAGGUGUCGGCGGUCGACGAGGAGAGCAAGGAGAGCGCCUAUGAGGUGCUGCAGCUCAAGGUGACCACGCCUGUGCAGGUGGCGAGCGCCAAGGUGAACGGCAAGACGCUGAAGCAGGGCGACAAGCUCUCGGGCCAGGACUUCAACGCGGCCGCCGAGGACGAGCUCAAGAUGGAGGUGACGCUGCAGCAGACGCACGACAAAACGCCCGUCGUGGCGCACCAGGCGUUCCUGCGCUUCACGCACGCCACCGAGAAGACGGAGACGUACUUCGUGCUCACAGCCGACGCAGGCCUCAAGCACAGCACGACGCUGCAGUUCGCCGCGCUCAGCAAGAAGUUCGGCUAUAACUCGGGCAAGCACCACGUGGAGCUCAUCCUGGGAGCGUCCACCUUCGAGAAGGCGAUCGUGUGGGACCUCGGCAACGUGGAGCUGCAGCUUGGCGCGGCCCCGCCUGAGACGCCGUCCCCGCUCUACAAGAAGCACCUGCUGUACGAGAGUGACACGACGCUCCAGGCGCUGCCCGAGAUCCAGCACGUGAUGCGCGAGCAGGACCCACGGCCGCCCGUGGCCGUGUCGCUGGCCUUCACGGGCGCCGUGCUGGCCCCGCUGGCCUUCUUCUUGCUGUUUGUGGCGCGUCUGGGGCUCAACGUGAAGCGUCUGUUCGAGGGCUCUGUGUUCGUUUUUGGCUCCGUGUUCCUGGCGUCUCUCGGUGGCAUCUUGGCCCUGUUCGGCCUCUACUGGCUGGAGCUGACCAUGUUCCGCACCCUGGGCUAUCUCAGCGUGCUGGGCUCCGUGAACCUCUGGUCGGGCCACCUGACGCUCAAGCGUCUCGCCGAGGCUCCCGCCAAGAAGACCACCAAGGUCGAAUAGAUGGAGCAGCAGCACAAGAAAGUGCUGCCCCGUAGGGACAGCAUGAGCACGAUGAAAUGAAAUGCGAGUUUGUGU